AUGGUGUUCGAACAGGUUCAUUUGGAUCAUCACCAUAUUAUUUCGCUAGCAUCCAGAAUAUCCAAUGAGUUUACUAAUGCUGAUUGGAAGAGUUGCGGGGGAUCUGGUUCACAGAGGCCUUCUUCAAACGGGAAAGAUAACACUCAAAGCUCAGCCAAGCCUGAAGCUAGCAAAUUUGACAAUCCAACUGAUCCCUUCUACCUGCACCAUUCAGACCAACCUGGUCUUGUACUCGUUACACAAUUGUUGAAUGAAGAAAAUUACAGUACCUGGAGCCGUGCCAUGCUCAUGGCUCUUAGCAUUAAAAAUAAAGAAGGUUUUGUAAACGAUAUUGGAGCAAGCAUAAUAUACAUUAAUAGUGCCCAUGAGAUUUGGGCCGAUUUGGAAGAGCGUUAUUCAAACACCAACAGCAUUCAUCUUUUCCAUGUGGAAGAAGCCAUUCAUAAUUGCAAACAGGACAAUAUGACCAUUGGAGGUUAUUACACUAAGCUUAAAGGCCUUUGGGAUGAACGUGACGCUUUAUGUAACAUUCCAACCUGCACAUGCGGCACUAUGAAGGAAGUUUUACAAUUCCAACAAAAUCAAAAGACUAUGAAAUUUCUAAUGGGACUUAAUGAAGUCUACUCUGCUGUUCGAGGACAGAUUCUUCUCAUCGAUCCACUACCUACAGUCAACAAAACUUAUUCUUUAAUCCUUCAAGAUGAAAAGCAGCGAGGUAUAUCAAAAGGAGGCACACCUAUGGUUGAAGCUUCAGCUUUUGCUGUGAAGAAUAAUUCCAGAAAUUCGGAAAGAAAUUCCAAUGUCAAAAAUCCUCAUUUAAAAUGCGGAACUUGCAACAAAAUCGGUCACACCUCAGAGACAUGUCGAUCCCAUCUCAAAUGUGAUUAUUGCAGCUGGCAAGGUCACACCAUUGAUGUUUGUAGAAAGUUAUAA